AUGACCUACGAGGAUGGCAUUACAUCCCACCGCCAGGCGCGGUCCACGGACGGGAGCCCCGCACGCGUAUCGUUGUUCCCGAUAUCGAGCAAUCCGGCGGGUUCAUCGAGCAAUCUGGCGGGAUCGUUGAGCAAAUCAGCGGGAACGCUGGCCAAUCCAACGGUAUCGCUGGCCAAACAGGCGGGUUCGAGAUCGUCGAGCAGCCGCACCAACACCUCAUUGAAGUCACCAGCGGCGGGUACGGACAGAGGCACCCGUCAGGCGGACGAUAUCCCCGUGUUCGAUCGCAACAAAGUCUCCCUGGACUUCCCGGGCAGUAUGUUUGGGCCUACACUGUCGCUCCUGAUUCGGACCACUAAGAUUGUCGGUGAUGUCAUACAGAACUCUGCGGUACGCUAUCAGACCUUCCUGCGUUUGUUCCGGCCGUUGUUCCGAGGACCUUUCGAGAUCAAAGGGCUGGAUCCUGCGACCACUACCACGACAACUACGACCACUACUACCGCUGCUCCAGCCAAAACGUCUGACAACGAAAUUAGACGUUAA